AUGUGGAUGAAAUUCGACUGUCAGACUCUUGGUGAUUAUCACGACUUGUAUCUCAAGACCGACGUGUUUCUCUUGGCUGACAUCUUUGAGAAUUUCAGAGUAGAAGCUGUCAGAACGUAUCAGCUGGAUCCAGCAAAUUACUACACUCUGCCUGGAUUUGCCUGGGAUGCUCUGUUGAUGUACUCAGGUGUGUCCUUGGAAUUACUAACAGACUAUGAUCAGCACUUGUUUGUAGAAUCAGGAAUGAGAGGCGGUGUGUCGAUGGUCUCACAACGAUAUGCUGCUGCUAAUAAUCACUAUCAGGAGAAAUUUGAUGCUGAUCAGCCAUCGUCAUUUAUCCAGUAUCUCGAUGCCAACAAUCUCUAUGGUUGGGCAAUGUCACAACAUCUCCCAGUGUCUGAUUUUCGGUGGGAGAAACCAUCAGAGAAACUCCUGAACAAGAUACUGAAUACUCAAGAUGAUUCCUCACCGGGGUAUAUCGUCGAGUGUGAUCUGGAAUAUCCACACGAACUUCAUGAGAAGCACAACGAUUAUCCAGUUGCUCCGGAACGUCUUUCCGUCAAUGAGGACAUGCUAUCUCCAUACCAGCAGGAGCUUGUUGAUAAGCUCAAUUCUUCCGGAGUAGAUGCUCUCAAACUUGUACCAAACUUGAGGGACAAGACAAAGUACGUUCUCCAUUACCGAAACUUGAAACUCUACACUCAGCUCGGACUACGUUGUGUCAAAAUUCAUCGUGCUCUGAAAUUUACUCAGACACCGUGGAUGAGAAACUACAUCGAGAAGAAUACAGACCUCCGGAAGAAGGCAAAGGAUGAUUUCUCUAAGGACUUCUAUAAACUGAUGAACAAUGCGGUGUUUGGGAAAACUAUGGAGAACGUUCGGAGGAGAGUCAACAUAAAAUUGUUGAGAAGUCGUGAGGAGAAAAAAAUCAAACAGCUUGUUGCCAAACCAACGUACAACCGCCAUGUGAUCUUCAACGAUGACCUGGUCGGGGUACAAAGUAACAGGACAAAGGUCGUCCUCAACAAGCCCAUAUAUGUUGGGAUGUCGAUUUUGGAUCUCUCAAAGACACUCAUGUAUGACUUUUACUACAAUCACCUGAAAGUGAUGUAUGGCUCUGAUGUGAUACUCUUGUACACCGAUACAGACAGCUUGGUUCUUCAUUUCUUUACUGAUGAUCUGUUUGAUGACAUGAGUGAGUUUCUUGAGAAGUAUGAUACAAGCAAUUAUGAUCAAUCACAUCCGUUAUAUUCCGAGAAAAACAAGAAAGUUGUUGGUCUGUUCAAAGAUGAACUCGGUAGGAAACUGAUCACUGAGUUGGUGAACGAUACCAUUGACGGUGUCACCUUGCUUGAUCUUGUUGGUUUUUGA